AAAUCGUUUUGUGAUUAUAAAGUUGUCUUUUCGACAGUCCCAUACACAUUAUGGCCCUUUUGCAAAAACUCCUAGCUCUUCGGGUGCCGCUAUCCGCCAACGUUCGUUCCAUAAGUACCGGUGUUACACGGUUGGAAAUCUUCAAAAUCCAGUCCCCGCAAGAGUUCGACGAGAAAGUUCGCAACAGCAAGGAACCGGUGAUAGUGGAUUUUUUCGCAACAUGGUGUGCUCCGUGUCGAAUGCUCACUCCUCGCAUUGAAACCGUUAUUGGCGAAAGCGCGGGCAAAGUGAAACUGGCCAAGGUUGAUAUCGACGAGCACACCGAUCUGGCGUUGGACUAUGAGGUCGCCUCUGUUCCCGUGUUGUUAGCGAUCCGCAACGGUCAGGUGGAGCAGCGGCUGGUCGGGUUGCAGGACACGGAUAAGCUAAGGACGUGGGUCCAGAAUGUGGUGGGAAAGCCGAAGUGAGCCGGAAGUACCAGAAGUACCAUUGUAACUGUUGUGUAGGCAUAUUUCAACAUCGAUCCGAUGGAUUUCGUUAAGUGCGUAAAAUGCUUGCGGAGACCUCCGAAAAGUGGUAAAGCCAGCAAAUGUGUGAAGUGUGUUAAUUAGAAAGUAUAGUUCCAUUGAAUGGAAUAAAAACCGUUUCAAGCAUUGAAUGUACUGUA